GCUGUUGGGAAUGAUCCUGAGGAGAGGGAAGAUUUGGCUCCUGAAAUUCCUGCUCCUCCAGAGAUUAAGCAGGAUGACGAAGACGAGGAUGAAGGUGAUGAAGAGGGAGGGGGUCUGAGUAAAUCUGGUAAAGAGCUGAAAAAGUUGCUUGGAAAAGCUAAUGGGUUGAAUGAAUCAGAUGCUGAGGAUGACGACGAUGACGAUGAUACAGAAGAGGAUAUUUCACCUGUAUUAGCUCCUAAGCCGAAGGAAGCUCCUAAAGAAGAACCGAUCGACACCAGCAGUCCUUCGAAACCAUCUGCUUCUGGACCCACUCGUGGAACUCCAACUUCAAAAUCAGCUAAGACUAAAAGAAAAGCUAAUGGUGAUGACUCAAAACCAACCAAUGGUGCUCCCUUGAAAAAAGUGAAAACAGAAACGGAUGCCAAACCUGGGAAAGAUGAAACUCCGUCUACUGCGAAGAACAGUGUUCUCCCAAAGGGUGCAUCACCCUCUUCCAAAACGGCUCCAAGUCCUGCCACAGGUCCUGUUACUGAAGAAGAAAUUAGAGCUGUUCUAUUGCAG